ACAUAACCUGCAAAAGGUACACGUUCAAUUCAUAUCCGCUCUUUUUCUGUUGUUUUUUUGUCUUUCUCUCUUUCUGUCUUUCAUUCUCUUCCUUUUUAUUUUUUUUGUUCUGUUUGAUUCAUUCAAUUUUCUUCGGUCACCAAGUAAAAUCGAUAUACGUUUCGCGAGCGCGCACAUUUUACAAGAUAUUCGUCGAAAGAAACGACGAGAUUUUAAGACGCAAAUACGCAAGGACAGAAGGAAGUAUAACGACGUAACGUAAAUCAUACGUAUGUAUUUACAUAGGUCGUGUCGUAGAGAAUAAUAAAAGUUUGAAGGAGAGAAAGAGAGAGAGAGAGAGGGAGGAAGGGUGGGAGAGAGAUAGAGAGAGAAACAGAGAGAGAGAGAGAAAGAGAGGAGAGAAAAAUAAAGGAUAGCAAAGGAACAAGGUACGAUCGACUAAGACGAUCGGCGAGAGGGGAUAAAAGAAGAAUCGUUGGCACGACCUACGAAAACUCGAUCGAAUUCACCUCUAAUCUCGUUUAUUAAGUUACGAGACGAGAAGGGGAACGGGCUAAUUUCGUAAACAAGCCCCACGUAAUCGCCAUGGUGGGUUUGCCAGCUCGAGGCAAGACCUAUAUUUCGAAGAAGCUCUGCAGGUAUCUCAAUUGGAUCGGAAUAAACACGAAGGUCUUCAAUCUCGGCGAGUAUAGAAGGCAUGCGACGACUGCCUAUCAAUGCCAUGAAUUUUUCCGUGCGGAUAACAUAAAAGCUAUGGCGAUAAGAACGCAAUGUGCCAUGGAUGCACUGAACGACGUUUGUCGUUGGCUCGAGAGUGGCGACGGAGAAGUUGCCGUUUUCGAUGCUACUAAUUCUACCGUGGAUCGACGUAGGAUGAUACGCGAUAUCGUUGUAGGAAAGAUGGAUUACAAGCUCUUCUUCGUCGAAUCUGUUUGUAACGAUCCUGAAAUAGUCGAGCAAAAUAUUAUGGAGGUCAAAGUCAGCAGUCCAGAUUAUGCGAAUAUGAACAAGGAAGAAGUAUUGGCCGACUUUAUGUUACGGAUCGAACAUUAUAGGGAAAGAUAUGAGCCAUUAGAUGAGGAUUAUGAGACUGAUCUGUCCUUCAUGAAAAUCUAUAACACCGGCGAAAAAGUUAUAGUGCAUAAACACGAGGGACACAUACAGAGCAGAAUCGUCUACUAUUUGAUGAACAUUCAUAUUGUACCUCGUACGAUAUAUCUAACCAGGCAUGGCGAGAGUAUGAUGAAUCUGGAAGGUAGAAUAGGAGGUGACUCGGAUCUUAGUGAAAGAGGUUGGGAGUACGCCAGGGCAUUAGCUACCUUCAUUACCAGUCAGGAUAUUCAGGGUCUUAGAGUAUGGACAAGCUGGUUAAAAAGGACCAUACAGACGGCAGGGGACGUGGAAGCACCUCAGGAAAGAUGGAAGGCCCUCAAUGAGAUCGAUGCCGGCAUUUGCGAGGAGAUGACUUAUGCAGAGAUCGCCGAGAAGUACCCUACGGAUUUUGCUGCAAGGGACCAAAAUAAAUUCCCCUAUCGUUAUCCACGAGGUGAGAGCUAUGAAGAUUUGGUAGCACGGUUGGAACCUGUGAUAAUGGAAUUGGAAAGGCAGGGCAAUGUUUUGGUCGUCAGCCAUCAAGCAGUAAUACGUUGUCUGCUCGCUUAUUUCUUGGAUAAGACUUCAGAGGAACUACCGUACCUCCAGGUACCAUUGCAUACCAUCAUUAAACUGACACCCGUUGCAUAUGGUUGUAAAGUGGAACACAUACGACUACCAAUUGAUGCGGUGGAUACUCAUCGACCAAAACCAAAGAUCCCAGGAUAUUUGGAAGAUCGAUUCAGAAGAAAAGGGAAAGUUCUACGCACGUGAUAACGACCAUUUUAUAAUGCAGCAAGAUCCUAACUGCUCUACAAUCGGUAAUGACAAACAGGGACACAGAGAAAGAGAG